CUUCCGUGUUCUUAUCAUUUCCAGUUCUCACAGUUUCAAAAGAAAAAAAGAACUGAAAUUCUUGAAUCUUCUAUAACUUCUUUCUAUGAUUUAGCGGAUUCAUUUAAGAGAAAGCAGAAUCAAGAGAAGAGCCAUACGGGGCUCUCUGAAAUGUAUAUGAUAUUCAAGCGACUGAUCAUAGGCGGAGAGAUUGUUGAAGAAGAAGGAGAGUGGGAAAAGGAAAGAUAAGAAAAACCCACCAAGAUCUGUUUAUCAUAUAUCUGUUUCAUUCAAUCCAUCAGAGAAAUUUUUAGGUAACAAAUGACAACUGCAGCUAUGUCUGGUAUUGAGAUUGGUCAAAAACCAGCAACUGUAAUGAAGAGAAGUGACCUUGAGUUUGCAAUAUGUGAGUGCUGUGGGCUGACAGAGGAGUGCACGGAGGCUUACGUGGCGUGUGUUCGAGAGCGCUACCUGGGGCGGUGGAUAUGCGGGCUGUGCGCAGAGGCAGUGAAGGAUGAGAUUGUGAGAUCAGAGAAAAGGAUUGGAAAUGAGGAGGCUUUAAAUCAGCACACGAGUUUUUGCAGGAAAUUUAAGAGUUUAAGGCCACCUAAGAAUUCAACUGAGGAACUCAUUUCUGCUGUCAAGAAUCUGCUUCUGAGGAGCUUAGACUCGCCUCGGUCAAGCUCAGUGAGGAAGACAGGUUUGGUUCGAGCCGAAAGCUGUUGUUCUGAUAUUGAUGAUUGAGUAAGUUAGUAUGUAUUGAUAUUAGAUUGUUAUUGAAUAAAUGCUGCUUAAAAGUAGCAUGAAAUUGUUUGAUUCUUAGAAAUUUAGCAUUAGAUAAGAAUGUUCCUUUCCCAUUAAUAUUAGUCUGGUUAAUGUAAUCGAUUGCUUGGUAUUGACAAGAGUUGAUUGAAUAAUAAAGUGUUUGGCAGCCAAA